AUGUCUACCACUAUCUAUACCUACCCACAAAACCCACGUGCCGCCAAGGCUUUGAUUGCUGCCAAGUACACCGGUGUCACCAUCGAUGUCCCAGCUUUCGAAUUCUCACCAGUCAACAAGCCAGUCGAAUUAUUGAAUGCUAACCCAUUCGGUAAGGUUCCAGCUGCCAUGACCCCACAAGGUCCAUUGUUCGAGUCCAACUCGAUCGCCCGUUACGUUGCUCGUGCCGCCGGUAGCAAGAUCUACGGUUCCGAUGCCUACGAAGCCUCCGUCAUUGACCAAUGGUUGGAUUUCGCCACCAACGAAGUCGAGAGUGCCGCCGCCGCCUGGUUGUACCCAAUCAUGGGAUUCGUUCCAUUCAACGCCAAGGACACCCAAAAGGCCAAGGAAAACCUCAAGAAGACUUUGACCACCUUGAACACUCACCUCCAAUCCAGAUCUUUCUUGGUUGGUCCACGUGUCUCAUUGGCUGAUAUCGUCCUCGCCUGUUCAUUGAAGUCAUUCUACACCAUGGUCUUCGACCCAUCCUUCCGUUCAACCUUCCCAAAUGUCAACCGUUGGUUCGUCACCUGUGUUAACCAACCAAACUUCAAGUCCGUCUUGGGAGAGGUCGUCCUCACCGCCGUCAUGAUGGAGCCAAAGAAGGAAGAGAAGAAGCCAAAGGAAGAGAAGCCAGCUCCACCAAAGAAGGAAGAGAAGCCAGCCCCAGCUCCAGCUGCCGCUGACGAAGAGGCUGAUGACAAGCCAAAGAAGGUUCACCCACUCUCAUUGCUCCCACCAUCCAAGUUCAACUUGGAAGAAUGGAAGAGAAUGUACUCUAACAACGAUACCCGUUCUGUUGCCCUUCCAUGGUUCUGGGAGAACUACGAUGCUGAAGGUUUCUCUGUUUACUUUGCCACCUACAAGUACAACUCUGAAUUGGGUGCUCAAUUCAUGACUUCCAAUUUGAUCGGAGGUAUGUUCCAACGUUUGGAGACACUUCACAAGUGGGCUUUCGCUUCAGUUUUGAUUACUGGAGAAGAUGUUGAAGGAAAGAUCAACAACCAAGAAGUUACUGGUAUCUGGAUCUUCCGUGGUGCUGAUUUGCCAGAAGAUUUGAAGGAAUGUGAUGACAGCAUUGUCUAUGACUGGAAGCUCUUGGACGUUAAGGACCCAGCCACCAAGACUUUGAUUGACGACUACUUCGCCUGGGACGGUGCUCUCGGUGGAAGAAAGUUCAUCCAAGGUAAACUCUACAAAAUACGCACAAAUAAACAAGAUGCAUUGUCAAUGAACAUUACAAUCUUUUUAAUCCGUUAA